AUGAUCAAGAAUGCUACAGUCCUGACUCAACCGAGCAGACAUAGAAUUACACCUUCGAGGGUUUCACUCUGCUCGUUUGAUAAAAUGAUCAUCCAAAAACCAUCGCCUCCAGAUGCGGCGUUCAUCGAGAGCAAUGUAGUGAAACGUUUUUCGCCGCUAGCACGACAAGUACUGGCCGCGUCCGGUCCGAUCAUAAGCAGUGCGGCGGCCGGUAUGACCAAUGGCUUCUCGGCGAUCCUGCUGCCCCAGCUCCAGCAGCCCGGCAGCCAGAUCAGCAUUACCGAGGAGCAGUCGUCCUGGAUCGCGUCGAUGGCCCCGCUACCGAUGGCCGUCGGCUGCAUCAUAGGCGGCCUGCUGAUGGAACGUUGCGGUCGCAAGUCGGCCCAUCUGCUGCUGAACGUGUCCUUCGCCGUCGGCUGGUGCGUACUAUCGAUGGCUCACGGCUAUCCGCAGAUUCUGGUCGGUCGAUUCAUAACGGGGUUCAGCUGCGGCUUGGUUGGUCCACCGGCUUCGGUGUACAUCGCCGAAACGAGCGACCCACGCUUUCGCGGCAUCCUGCUGGCUGGUGUGACGUUUGCCGUUUCGGGCGGGAUACUGCUGGCGCACCUGUUCGGCACGUUCUUCCACUGGCAGACGGCGGCCCUGCUGUGCUCGCUGUUCAUGGUUGUCGCCUAUCUGCUGAUGCUCGUGUCUCCGGAAAGCCCUGCCUGGUUGCUUGCCCGUGGCCAGCGCUCGGAGGCAGAGACUUCGUUCCGCUGGCUGCGGGGAUUCGACCAAACCAGUCGGCAGGAGUUCGACGCGAUGGUAGCACGGACCGGUGGAGAUAGUGGUCGGUCGGACAACAAAGGCAGCAGCGUUGGAGAGGCCCACGUACCGGCGACGGAAUGUUCACCCUAUCGACGGCGCGAGUUCCUCAUGCCGCUGGCAACACUGCUGGUGUUCUUCGCAACGAUGCAGUUCUCGGGGGUUAACAUUGUGGCUUUCUACUCAAUCGCUCUGAUGCAGACCACGAUCGGGAGCGAUAACAUCAACGAGUAUCUUGCGAUGCUCAUCGUGGACCUGGUCCGGGUGGUGACGUCUCUUGUCGCCUGUGUGCUGCUGCGCAGUGUAGGCCGCCGUCCGCUAGCCAUGGCGAGUGGGAUCGGAACGACCAUCAGCCUGAUUGGGCUGUCGAUAUUUCUGUACUUCCAAACCAGCAUACCGCUGUAUCGAAACUAUUCGUGGCUCUCGCUCGUGUUCCUCAUCAGCUACAUCGUGUUCGUCGGCAUAGGGCUUUUCCCGCUGCCCUGGUGUAUGACGGGAGAGAUUUUCCCGGUCGCAACCCGGGGUCUCGGCUCUGGAUUGACCUCCUCGUUCAACUUCGUGUGCUUCUUUGCCGUCGUCAAGACGGGCCCGACGCUGUUUGCUACCGUAGGUGUUAACGGGACGUUCCUUGUGUAUGGUGUCAUUUCUCUGCUCGGUACUCUGGUGCUAUACGUCAUUUUGCCGGAGACGAAAAAUCGAACCCUACAGGAGAUUGAGGAGCAGUUCCGGCGUCGAGGGAAGAACAAAGUGGUCGAUGGUAUGGGUGCAGCAAGCCCUACAGUUACGAUAGCAACUGUAGCAUGA